CAAGGAAGUUUGAGGAAUGGGAAAGCUAACGAUUAAAUAUUGGAAUGAUUUGUCAAUCGAAGCGCACUCCUUGGCGAGGAACAAGAGAUUUUGUCGAUCAUGUCAAAUAGAACUUUCAAUCUUCUGUGGAUUAAAACUCAGAGUGAGCUAGAACAACUCUUGAAUGAGGAAUAUCGAUUGUACAACUCCAAACCAGAACGGGAUAGAGAGCAAGCGUUCAAAGUGGUGUCCACCAUUUAUCUAAAGUACGUGAAGAUCUUCAGAGCCUUAGAAGAAUGUUUCGAUCAGAUUGUUCAGCCUCAAAAGCGCUUGCUUUUACGGCAACUUUUAAAUGGAGUCAUUGGGAGGAUCCUCGAAUUGAAGCAUGAACUGGUGCACUUGGACAACUUGGAGAUAAGUUAUCAUGACGAAGCAAUGAUGGAGCUAUCUAUGAGUCCCAACGAUGCCGAGCUCAUUAUACCCCAGUUCAUCGUGAGGGAUAGACAGCAGGAAAUUGCCUACUGGGAUGACCAAAUGAAACAAGCAUGCGAGAAAAUGGAGCAACAUGAUUUUGGACCUAAGGAACCUGUCAUCACCCCAGAAGACGCCAUAGCUCUUUUGCAAAAACAUGAACGGGCCAGACAAGGUCGCUUGCGGGCUAAACUAAUGGGCGAAAUAAGAAAACAAGAGGCCAACGAAAAGGCCAAGAAUCGAGCCGAAGAGUUCUUGACUAGUGCAUUAGCUGCCAGUAAGAUCCAAAGCAUUUGGAAAGGUGCCUUGGCCCGAAGGAAAGUGCGUAAGCUGCGGGAAGAUGAACUAGCCUUCAUUGGGAUGAUCCCGCCCAAGCAUGUCUCAACUAAAUUCCAAACUCGGCUGAAACAGUGGCGGGCCACCCGCCGAGAUAUUCAGCAACAAUACCAACAAGACUUUGAGAAUGCUUUGGUGAGCACCAAAGAUAAAGUCUGGAGAGAGGAAGCUUUGGACAUUGAGGAAAAUAUGAAGGAUGACAUACGCAAAUGGUUUUUCAACGGCAGAGACGAUCAAGGGCGAUUCCCGGACUAUCCUUCUGAUGACGAAGGAGGAUCAGCCGCCGUCUUUCAUCCGGAGAGAUUCCAAGCACUUCAUGCUGAGAAUGAGACUCUGGAAGGUCAUGGCCUCGGUGGAAUGAAGAUGAAGAAGUCCGAUUCCGGGGAAGGCAAAAGUAGGGGAGACCAACCCUCCAAAUCAAGCACUUCGGACAAGAAAGCCAAAGAGUUGGACGACGAAGUGGAUGGGGUGGGAGCCGGAUUUGUUCUCAGAGAGUCGGAGUUUGUAAGGCAACUCCGAAAAAACCACAGGAACUUUCAAGACUUCUGGGUUCGAUCUCGUGGAAUUCAUUUGGAAGGGCAAACCACCACCCGGAAGUGUUCAAAUCUUCAAGAAUUGCAAGAAAAUUGUUUUGCAACAUUUGACAUUUGGAAGGACAAGGAUGAAAGCAAAAACGUGGCGCAAACUUUUGACGAGGAAAUGAUCAAAGAGGAGAAACGGAGAGAAGUGGAGGAUGAGAUUCGUAUCAAUGUGGAUUCAAACAUGAGGGAGGAACUCGAUCGGCUGAAAAUUGCUGCAGAAAGAGAUAAAGGUCGGAAGGGUAAGAUUGCUAAGAAAAGGAAGAAAGGCAAGAAGAAGCAAGGAAAGAAGGGAAAAAAGAAGAAAGAAAAAGACUUGACCCCUGAUCGAUCUACCGAGUCCUUAUUUGAGGAACUCGUACUGAAUGGAAUCAUCAAACCUUAUCCCAUAGUUCAUUUGAAAGAAUUUCUCGGCAAUACCAAUAUGAUUGGAUCGACCUUAAAGAAGAUCAAGGACAAUCUCAAAAGCUCCAUUCCAACGCCCGGAGGAGGGGAUAUUCGGAGACUCAUUAUUGAAUAUUGCAUCCUUCCCAUGAGCUCUUCAAACCUGAGAGAGAACAGCCCUCAUGUCAAGUCAUUACUCCUCGCAGGACCAGAGGGAACAGGAAAAUCAAUGCUGGUUCAUGCCAUUUGCACUGAAUUAAAAGCCACAUUCUUUGAUCUCACUGCCACCAACAUAGUCGGGAAAUAUCCUGGAAAAUCUGGCUUGAACAUGUUACUGCAUUUGGUGAUCAAAAUGUCGCGUCUGCUUCAACCUUCAAUCAUUUUCAUGGAUCAAGCGGAGAAGACAUUUCUCAAAAAGGUUACCAAAACUGACAAGUCGGAUCCUAAAAGACUCAAGAAAGAUCUGCCACGGUUGGUUAGAAGCCUGUCGGCCGAGGAUAGAGUUAUGCUCAUCGGAAUAUCCAAAACCCCAUGGGAGUGUGAGCAAAAGGGUUUGCUUCAAACUUAUCAGAAGAUACUUUUGCUCCCCCGACCAGAUUACCCUCAACGGCACGAGCUGUGGCGUGAAAUCAUCAUAUCCAAAGGUGGAGACAUUGAGAGUCAAUGGGAGAGAUUUGAUCUCUCCGCUCUAGCUAAGAUAUCCGAUGGUUACACUACUGGGCAGAUUGUGGAGUCAGCUUCUCAAGUGCUUGUUCCUAGACGCCUCUUACACCAGGGGGUACGCCCACUUCAACCGUCGGAAUUCAUUCCCAUCCUGGCCAAGAUGGAUCCCAUGUAUCGAGAAGAAGAGGCGGCCUAUGAGACUUGGUUCGCUAAAACCCCGUUGGGGAAAAAGUGGGUAAAACAAAUGGAAGGGGACGAGGAUCUCAAGAAGGACAAGAAAAAGGCUCCGAAGAAAAAGAAAUGAGCAAACAAUUACUUAUCAGGGUCUUAUUAAUCUUGAGAGGCAAUAGCGUAGUAUUUUGAGGGUUUAGUGAAAGAAAUAUCCUCCAACCCUAGUGAGGUUAUCAAUUUGGCAGCGAGGUGUUGUUGACAUUGUCUGUUGGCCUCGACGAUCCAAACACUCCCAGAUUGUUCGCCAUCGACCUUUUGUGCGGAUUCAAGGAAGGGACACAACAACAUUUCACUCGGGGAGCUCAGACUCUGACGACAUAUGGCAGCACAUGAGUGGGCCGAAUAGUUCUUGCGACCUCCAACUAAUCCAUAGAGAUGGCGAAUGCUGUACAUCAGUUUCUUUUCGUGAUUCUGCCAUGAAUGACAACAACUCACAGUCGACGAUGGUUUCGACUCUUGAGAAUAAAAGCGUCUCCAAAACUGAACUGACUCUUCGAAAGACAGCCCAAUUUCUUUGAGAAACAAAGUGAAGCUAAUCCGAGCAGAAUGUGGAAGUCGUUUAUCUCGUACAA